AUGACUCCGCCAACAACAAGCCAGAUAAGGCUCAGUAGAUGUCUCCAAGCUGCAAUAUCCGCCCAACAACAUUACUUAUGGGAAAUAGAACAGUUAAAAAACAAAUUAACUCAAAACGAAGAAAAGACUAGAAAAUUUGUUCAAAUAAUUUCUGAAGACUGCAAGCAAAGUUUGGAAAGACGUGAUUCAAUUAUCGAACAGCAAGGUGGUAAAAUUUCAGAUCAUGAAAAAAUAAUUGCUCAGCAAAACCAAACAAUUAAUCAGCAAAGCCAAACAAUUCAUCAUCUGCAACAAGUCAUUGCUUUAAGAGAUGCCAAACACAUGGAUCAAGCCGCAAUUAUAAACAGGCAAAAUUAUGAAAUAAGAGAUUUGAGAGAUGAAGUAUUAAAAAGUAGAAGUGAUUUGACAGAGGAAAUAAAGGAACUUCUGGAGAAAAUUAAAAUGUUACAAGACUAUCGAAACCUUUAA